UGGACGGGGGCACAAGAGUUUUCUGCAUUGCUGUCACAAAACUUUCUAGUCUUUUGCUUUAUCUUUUUGAAAAACUGAAUUCAGGCCUGCCUGUUCAUAGUUGACAUUUCACACCCAGUCCAGAAAACUACUUUUUGAUCCCUCUAUGGAAAGAAAUAGGCUAAGCAAAAGCAGUCCUUGAGCUGUGAUGCUUUCAGAAGGUGCUGCUUCACCCCUUGAGAAUACUGAUGCUUGGAAAUGAAGAGGAGAUUAUCCUCCUGCCUCUUUGAUCAUCUUGGCCUUUUGAGCAGGAGGUGAUCCACAUGUGGGAAUGCAGAGGGAAUCAACAAGCUCCUGUUUGGAUCCCUCUGAAUUUCUGCUGGGUGAUAGCUUAUUUGCGUGUAUUGUAGAGACUGAAGUUACAAAUCGUGCUCCAUUAAGUUUCACUCUUGAGAGCAAAGAGACUCAAAUAGUUUAUACUGUGAUCUAAACACAGGGGUUUGUUUUUUUAGAACUUGGGGAAUUCUAAGUCAAAAGUUGGGAGUACUGUGUUUUCAUUCAUGUGACAUGCAGGUCACACAGUUUAAAAAUAAAAAAGACCCAUGACCAGGUCAGCCACAGUCCAUGCUUGUAUAUGUGUGUUAGUAAUCCCAGGGAAAUCAUCCUUUGUAGCCCCCAACUCAUUUCCCUGAGGAUGGAUCUGCAACUGGUGAUUCUAGGAAUCACUUCAAAAUGCUGGGAUUUUUUUAAAGGGCUGCAGGCCAUGCUUACUAGAAAAAAUAUUUCAUACUGAGCUGAAGCCUGGCAAAAAUUUUCAUUUUUCCUCUACUUGUCACACUUGAGGGAGGAAAGUCCCUUAAAAUAGGCCAAAAAAUAAGUGCUGGGCUAUAUAGUUCAUCUGUUCUAUUUGGCCAUUAGUAUUUUUUCCCAUCCUGAAAUUUCAUGAGAAGCUUCAUUCAUCUCAUUUAUUUUGGUUUUGGUGUGUAGUGUGUUUUGAUUUUUCUGUUUUAUCUCAGAAGAAAACAUCUGGCACUGUUACUACUCAUUUGCUUUUACUGGUGCUGAAGACGGGACUAGUUCACUCUCGUUUUUCAGAAUGACUGUUCCGUGUCAAAGGAAAAGUUGCAGAAGCAGAUUGACUGCCUUUAGCUGUCAGAAGUGCUGCAUUUCGAAGGUGGCCCACUAGAUGAAUGUUUUUUAGAGCAUCUCUCAUGGAAAUGCUGCCAAGCAACAUGUCUAGUCCUCCUGCUAGCAGACUAAACAGAAAGUCUCUUGGUCACUUGUACCAUAGGUGUGUGUGCACCUGAUGUGACACUGCACCCCACCUGCAGCAGCAGUGGAUUUAAUUUAUUAAUUUAUCAGUUUAUUAUCUGGGGGGGGGAGGCCUUGUAGAUACAGGGGUGUAGCCUCUUAAAUCGCCAGUCCUUGUGAACCAUCGUAUUGUGUACCCCUUGGCUCUUCUUACACUGCCACUGGUUUCUGAACGGAAACUACUUGACACAGCUUGGAGGCUUAACAAAAAGUACUCUGUGCAGACUAGCUGGAUUUUGGUUUGCCUGGGAAAAUAACUGAGGUAAAGAGAAUCCCUCCAAUAGAUUAGGAGCCCCCACUGCUGAGUAAUGAAAGCACUGUAUUUUGGGGCAAGAAUAUGGAGUAAAUGAGACAGUAUUGGUGUGACGUACGGAGCAUCCAUCCCUGCAAUGGAGAAUGCAGUGCAAAGUGCUGAAACUGGUGAAAGUCAUCUUGAAAACAGUGCCAGGAAUGAUGUUAGGUCUCCAUUCAAGAGGAGAAUACUCAGGCUGGGGAAGUGCCUGUUAAAAGUGGAGAUUUAUGGUAAGUGCCUGCCUUCUCAUCCGAGCAAACAAAAACAUCCAGAAUAGGUAGAAAUUGGGAGUAUUUGGCUAUUUCUCUUUAAGGAAGACAAGAGAGCAGCCUGGAGCUUGAUCUUUGGGUGGAAUGGGCAAGAAUGGGUCCAGCCCUGGUGGGCUGGAGGUGAGGCUUUGCUUCUGAGGUUUUUAAAGGGGGUGCUGAGAAGAGGGAGUGAAUGAGCAAGUAGACUGUCUGUUUUGUGGUGGACAUAGUGGUGCACCUCUCCUUAGGAGAGACUGACGCAGGCAGAUGGGCAGCAGGUAAGAAAGACUAUGGAAGUAUAAUGGCAGUAAGGGGUGAGCCUUGAUGAGGGUUAAACUAAGCUUAAUCCAUUUGGUACCCGUGACAGUGCAUGCAUUUGGAGGAAAAGUUUUGUAAAGCUUACGUUUAUUUUGUAGAAGGUGUGGAGACUGCUGGUUUGAUGGCUGUUUUCUUCUUCAGGGACUCCUUCAUUUCUAUCAAUUGCAUGGGGUUUAGUUUGGGAGAGGUGUGGUUCGGAUCCCCAAUGUAUGUGUUUUCUCCCUAACAUAAAUUUAUUGGUUUGAUUCUUUAGGCGAUAGAAGCUGGAUCAAUGUAUCAGCUCCUGCUUUUACCUAAAGUCAGUGACUGACUAGUUACCUCAGUGCCUUUAGGCACAGUGCAAUGUUUGCUUCUCAUUAACGCUUUCUGUUAAUUUAAAAAGCCUUUUUAUUCUUUCAGAUAUGUUUUAAUGGAGCAGGCUGCAGGUCUGGCUUAUACCUUUACUAUUUCUGCUACAUCCAUAGCACUCAAGUUUGCAUAUGUGUUUUAGCAUCUUUGUUGAAUGCAAGUCUUGAUUCUCAGUUAUGUUAGUCAUAAGCUGUUGACUCCUCACUGCACUGUGAAAACCAUUAGGAAAAGGUCCUUGGGGUUAAAACCUGGGGCUCCACAGUGUUAGCUGCACUUGGGGCUAGAAAUUAAUUUUAAUGGCGACUGAUCUGUCUGAAGCUGAACCCGUGCAUCAUAAGAAAGUUGAAGACGACACAAUGCCAAUCCGCCGCUCGAUGAAUUCUUCUUCCCGGGAAACUCCUCCCAAAAGCAAACCUGCCGAAGGUGAAGAGGUCAAAGCAGAUGCAGAAGUCACCUCUGAGGAAUCUGCCUCUGCUGGAGAACAAGAGAAUGAAACCGUGCCUGCUGCAUCCAGUGAAGCCGAACAGCCAAAGGAACCUGAGAACAAAGGGAAAGGGGAAACAAAGUCCUCAGAAGAAACCAAAAAGGACGAGAAGGAUCAGUCUAAGGAAAAGGAGAAGAAGGUGAAAAAGACCAUUCCUGCAUGGGCUACUCUUUCCGCUAGCCAGCUAGCUAGAGCACAGAAGCAAACUCAGAUGGCUGCCACCUCGCGUCCCAAAAUGGAUGCUAUUUUAAUUGAGGCCAUCGGGGCGUGCUUUCAAAAGAGUGGCGCGUCAGUCGUUGCAAUACGCAAAUACAUCAUCCACAAGUACCCUUCCCUGGAGCUCGAGAGGAGAGGCUAUCUUCUAAAGCAAGCAUUGAAAAGGGAGCUGGAGAGAGGAAUUAUUAGACAGGUGAAAGGAAAAGGAGCUUCUGGGAGCUUUGUGGUGGUGUCUAAUGCAGGAAAAACUGUUCCAAAGGCCAGAGACAGAAAGAAAAGCACUUCCAUGUUGACUGCAGAGCAACAAGUCAAGCUGGAAGAUAUCCUGCCACUGGCUUUUACCCGCCUUUGUGAACCAAAGGAAGCUUCUUACAGCCUGAUCAAGAAAUACGUGUCUCAGUAUUACCCCAAACUCAAACUAGAUAUGAGACCCCAGCUGUUGAAGAAUGCCCUGCAGAGAGCUGUAGAGAAGGGCCAGUUAGAGCAGAUCACAGGGAAGGGAGCAUCUGGGACAUUCCAGCUGAAGAAAUCAGGGGAGAAGCCCCUGCUGGGUGGGACUCUGAUGGAAGACGCCAUCCUGUCUGCUAUUGCGGCCAUGAACGAACCGAAGACCUGCUCCACCACAGCGCUGAAGAAGUAUAUCCUGGAAAACCACCCAGGGACCAACUCCAACUUCCAGGUGCAUCUGCUGAAGAGAACCCUGCAGAAAUGUGAGAAGAAUGGCUGGAUGGAGCAAAUUUCUGGAAAGGGCUUCAGUGGAACUUUUCAGCUUUGCUUCCCUUAUUAUCCUAGCCCAGAUGUGCUCUACCCAGAGAAGCAGCAGGACUCUGAAGAAUCUGAUGAGGAGGAAGAGGAGGAAUCUGAGGACGAAGAAUCUGAAGAGGAAGAGUCUGAGGAGGAAGAACCACCACCAAAGAAGAGGAUGCAGAAGAGACCACCUCCAAAAUCACAGAGCAGGGCCCCUCCAAUGAAACGAAGAGAAUCCAAACCCAAGCCAAGAAAAACUCCUGCAGCCCAUGGGGGGAAAGCAAAGCCCCCUCCCAAGGUUAAAACCCCUGCUAAGAAAGCCAAACCAGCAGCCCCAGCCAUCAAGAAACCCUCUGGUGGCAGCUCUUCCAAGAAACCAGCAGCCAGGGGAAGGAAGGAAGUGAAAUCCUCUGCCAAGGGCAAGUCCACCAUGAGGAAAUCUCUCCAGGCAAAAAAGUAAAUUUUUCCACUGUCAGGGAAUCCCAUGGUCAAAUCCACAAUCUUGUUUUAUAAGUCAACGUGCAUUUGUGUUUUAGUUCUGAUGCUUAAAUGCUUCUUUUUUUUUUUUUUUUCUUGAGUAAUGGGGGAAAAGCUGAAAACUAAAUCAAACCAACCCGAGCAUUUGUUAGAUCUCAGUGCUGUGCCUCGUGCCUGCCCCCCCCCGGAACAAGUCAUCUUUAGUUUCUGCAAUAAUUUUAGGACUUUUGUAGGACAUAUAUAAUCUGUACAUUUUGUGGUGUUCCUUUUGGGUUUGGGGGGAGGGUUGGCUUUUAAAAAUUCUUCAAAGAAGAUCUUUUUAUCUUUAGACAGCAGGAACAGGAUGAUUGGGGGAAUGUGAUUCUUAAUGAGAAGGUACAGCGGCAGAAGAGUCCUCCCUAGAUCCCCUGCAUGACGAGGUCCUUAACGCUUCUGUAAAGAAGCAUUGUAUAUACAGCACUUGCACUGAGUCCUGGAGGUGCUUCUUUCUGCUUGGCUGUUAGAGUGACAGGCUGAGGAGACAGCACCUUUGCUCCUUCAGACCAGCAAAGUUUGUUUGACGGUUAGUCAGAUCUUCAGUAAACAGAGGCUGCAGCGUCUACUGAUGGUCUGAUGCCAGAGGGGCUCCCAAAGGGGCAGUUCUCGGUUAGGCGGGUGAUUUGAAUUAGUAUUUCCACACCACAUCUGUUACCUUAAAACCAAAAUAUAUAAAAGUCUUCUUGAAUCCAACUUUCAAAUGUUUUUAAGAGAUGAAGAGCCUGAGUUUUGUCACCUCUUGUUUACCCUUUUUUUAAAGAAAAGUUGGAGAGCUAUACAAUUGCUAAUGUAGAGAUGUUGAUAAGUGAAGAACAUGCAGUUUGCUAAAAUAAAAUGAAACUGGAUUCCA